AUGUCUAUGAGCAGCUGCGUAAACGGCUGCCAAGAGCCGGGGUUGCGUAUGGCCAUGCACGAGCGCCCCAAUUUGCGCCCCGUGGCUGAGUUUGGUGCAGAGCAUCUCUUUUGCGGACUAAAUCCCUCGGUAUCAACGAAACCGCGAUUUGGAAGGUUCCUCCUUGGCAGAGGUACGAGGUGUGGUGGUGAGGAGGAAGGAGGGGGACAGCUAACAGGGAAAUGCAGGGUACACGCUAAGAUCACGCUAAAUAUCGCACGGGCCGUGCCUUCUCCACCCCGCGAUGCCACGAUGAACUCGACGUCUUUCACCGUAUCUUCCUGGCAACUAAGUGGCGAUUUGACCACUGCUCAUUAUCCUUCGCCAGUGUUAGGAAAUAACUCUCACUUAGUCACUUUAACUUCGCCGAACAACUCCGCCUCGAACAGCAGAUUGUACAAUGCGGGCUGUACUGGCGAAGCAGCUCAACAACGAGCGAACGAACUCCAACUUGAAGCAGAAGAGACAGUGGUUGUUCAACUCACCCAGUAUGACUACACAGCGCACCUUUACUCUACUUUCGUUUCUUGA